ACGAAGAAAAAGACAACGAGGACACACGACCAACGGGGCUUGGCUGCAGUUUCCACAUAAGUUUUUAUUUUAAUUUCCACAAAGUAUUUACCUGAAAGAGAAUCUUUUUAUUUAAAUUGUAAUUAGUUCAUUAAAAUGUGUUUUAUUGUUUGAAGUAAUAAGUUGGUUAUAGCUAGAAAAAAUGACACAAUUUUUACCACCAAAUUUAUUAGCACUAUUUGCUCCGCGUGAUCCAAUACCAUAUUUACCACCAGUUAGCAAACUUCCGCAUGAAAAAAAGAAUGGAGGAUACCUCGGCGUCGGAUCUUUUCUCAAAUACUUUGAGGACCCGAAAGAUACACCACCACCGCUUAGAGUUGAGACACGGGAAGAACGUCUAGAACGUCGGAGACGUGAACGUGCUGAACAAGUUGCUUAUAAACUUGAGCAAGAAAUAGCGGUCUGGGAUCCAGCAGCUAUUCCUAAUGUUACUGCUGAUCCUUUUAAAACUUUAUUUGUUGCGCGAAUUAACUAUGAUACCUCUGAAUCAAAACUUAGAAGAGAAUUUGAAGUUUACGGGCCAGUUAAGAAGAUUGUUGUUAUCCACAACACAGUCAAUGGAAAACCAAGAGGGUACGCAUUCAUUGAGUAUGAACACGAAAGGGACAUGCACUCUGCGUAUAAACAUGCGGAUGGUAAGAAAAUAGAUGGCCGCAGAGUGUUGGUGGAUGUUGAACGUGCAAGAACGGUUAAAGGAUGGCUACCACGUAGACUUGGUGGUGGUCUUGGUGGUACACGUAGAGGAGGUCCUGAUGUCAAUAUCAAGCACUCUGGUAGGGAGGAUAACGAAAGGGAACGUGAGCGAUACCGAUUGGAACGAGAACGAGAAGCAUCUGGUCGUGGACUUGACCGUGAUCGUGAUCGUGACCGUAUGGACAGAGAGCGUAGAAGAUCGCGUGAACGUAAACGAAGAUCGCGUAGUAGAUCUCGCGAGCGUAAACGUAGACGUAGUCGCGACCGCGGUGCCGAGCCAGAGGUCGAGGAAAUACAGAGAGAAGAGCGGACUCGCGAUCGACGUGAGCGUGAUAGAGAUCGUUCGGACCGUGACAGAGACCGCAAACGCAGACGAUCGCGAAGCAACGAUCGCAGCGAUCGCGAUCGUGAUCGUGAACGUAAGAGAGAAAAGCGUGAUCGCGAACGCCGGGAUCGUAAGGACCGCGAACGCGUUCCUGACGAAGACACUAAAGAAAUUCGUGUCAAAGAAGAACCUAUUGACGAUUAUCCGGAGUAUAAUAAUACUUACUCAUCUACGACACCUUACUUUGCUCAAGUAAAGUAUGAAGACGACAAUGAAGUUGAAGAGAAGUAUAGAAUUCCAGAAAAUCGUAGUGAUCAACCUCCGUAUAAUUAUGAUUCUGUACCAGAAUAUCAUUAAUUUAUAGCUAAUAAUUAAUUAAUUAGUUAUAACAUUUCUGUAAAAUUAAUCUUGUUCUUUUUGUUCACCUUUUUUUAUUUUUUUUUUUUUUCUAAUUUAAAUCCUAAUUUUUCUCAUAUCCUCGCCAUAGAAAUUACAGAGAGUGACCAAUAAUCAAUUUUCGUUAUUACUGACUAUGUGUAUACAACGAUAAGUUAACUAAGGUAAUUCAAAUGUUUUCAAUGAAGCUACAUUUACUUUUUUAAUAUUAGUAUACUAAUUAAUAAAUUAACAAGACG